AUGCAAAAGCAGCAAACAAUAAAUUUAUUAAGCAUUGUUACAUUCUACAAGAGUCGAUGGCCAGCCAUGCUUGCCGAAGAAAACAACACGCACACAUUUCGCGCUCAUCAAACCAGACCAGACGCGUCUCAAGAAUGCUUUCCUGAUAUUUUUUUUUCUACUUCUCGUAGUUUUUGCCUCGCGCGCAAUUUUCUCUUUCAUUGGAUCUCAAUCAAUACAACACCAUGGGCACAUGUCAUCAUCGAGGUGGUAAAAGAUACAAAACGAGAAAAGAAUGAAAAUGCAAAUUUGAUGAAUUCAUUCACGUUGACCCAGAGGCGAAUAUUCAAUUAA